UAAUGUACACGGACGGACACGGACCCGGACAAACUGCCUGUGCCUAUGCUGCAACUCGACCCAACCCAACCCCCUGUUCUUCCAUUUACCGCCGGCGUGCGCGCUUCUUCUCGUGGCGACGACUGGGAGACCGACGCUGCCGGACUGUCGCCGUACGCCAGGUGCCCAGGUCUUCUUCGGACCCUUCGCCGGCGACGGGCACCACCAGAAAUUGCCUCCACCUUCCAAUCAACAGCUUGAACUUACAGUGAGAUGGAAAAUGAUAGAAGCCAACUUGGUCAGAUCGACCCAAGAAGAGCCCGCUUUCCUUGUUGCAUAGUAUGGACUCCAAUACCAUUCAUCACGUGGUUGGUGCCCUUUAUCGGUCACAUUGGCAUCUGCAGAGAAGAUGGUGUGAUUCUGGACUUCGCUGGUCCACAUUUUGUAUCAGUUGACAACUUUGCGUUUGGAGCUGUCGCACGCUACAUUCAAGUAAACUGUGAUGAGUGCUAUAAGCUUAUUGAACCUGAAGGAGAUGCCACGUGGGACGGCGCGCUGAAGAAAGGCACACAAGAGUUCCAAAACAGAAACUACAAUCUGUUCACCUGCAACUGUCACUCAUUUGUCGCAAACAAUCUGAACCGGUUGUUCUAUUCUGGCCAUGACAAAUGGAACGUGGUCAGCUUGGCUGCUGUGAUGUUCUUACGAGGCCGCUGGGUCAGCACGGCGUCAGUGAUGAAGACCUUCUUGCCGUUUGCAGUUGUGCUUUCCAUCGGUACCCUCCUUGGCGGCUCGACAUUCCUGAUCGGCCUUCUUGCUUUCGCAGCUGUGAUGACUGUCUGGUUCCUUGUGGGCACCUACUGCAUCAAAGGCCUCAUAGAGUUGUGAUUAGAGUAUACUAGACUUGUUUUGGUGGGUGGCACACUUUUAAUUGUAUUGUUAGUACUCUGUAGUCUGUACCUUCCUGUAUAAUUGAUUCUUGAUGGUAUUCAUCUAUCAAUAUAUCUGAAAUUCUGAAUGAA